AUGACUGGCGGCUCGCAGAAUGGCUCUAGGGAGCCCAACGAAAGAGAUGCCCUGAUCGGUGACACUAUUCGGGCCAACUCCGGCCUUGUUCCACGCCAUAAACGCAGGCCGUGGGCUUACUGGCCGGUAAGAGUCGUCCACUUGACAUGGGCUACCCUUGUACGAGAUUAUGUCAAUCUCCUCCUCGUGUUCGUGCCAUUUGGCAUUAUUGCUGGCGCUCUUGGCUGGGAUAGUACUGCUGUUUUCACAUUGAACUUCCUAGCAAUCGUGCCGCUGGCAUCUCUGUUGAGCUUCGCGACCGAGGAGCUAGCAGCUGCGAUGGGUCAGGCCCUAGGCGGAUUAAUGAAUGCUACCUUUGGCAACGCUGUGGAGUUAAUCGUUAGUAUCAUUGCCCUGAAGGAUGGGCAGAUCCGUGUCGUUCAGGCUAGUAUGCUCGGUAGUAUACUGUCUAAUAUCCUCCUGGUGUUAGGAUGCUGCUUCUUUGUUGGGGGUAUUCGUUACUCUGAACAGUCCUUCAACACAACGGUGGCGUCGACCAUGUCGUCACUGAUGACCGUUGCAUCUGCUUCUUUGAUCAUCCCCGCGACACUUUACGCAUCUCUGUCUUCAACUGGUGAUGAAAAGACCAGAACCGAGAAUAUUCUCAUUCUGUCACAUGGCACUGCUAUCAUUUUGCUGAUUCUAUAUGUGAUGUACCUUUAUUUCCAACUUAAGUCACACGCGUCGUUCUUUGAGGAAGCCACCCCCGACCCGGAAAAUUCAGGCGAUGAUGUGGCGGAAGAGGAGGAAGAGCAUAUCCUUUCCCCAUGGGCUGCCUGCGUUGUCUUGGUUGUGGUGACAAUUCUCGUCGCCGUAUGUGCCGAUUAUCUUGUUGGAAGCAUUGACCCUAUCGUGGAGAAGACUGGUAUGAGCCGAACCUUCAUUGGUUUGAUCCUCAUUCCCAUUGUAGGAAAUGCUGCGGAACAUGUGACAGCGGUUGUGGUCGCUUGGAAAGGAAAGAUGGAUCUUGCCAUUGGGGUUGCCAUCGGCAGCAGUCUGCAGAUCGCUCUUUUUGUCACGCCCUUCCUCGUUAUUCUGGGCUGGAUCCUGGAUGUGGAUAUGACUCUCCACUUCCACAUCUUCGAGACCGUUGCCUUUUUUAUCUCUGGCUUGGUUGUAACAUUCCUUAUCCAGGAUGGAAAAUCAAACUAUCUUGAAGGCGGCUUGUGUCUGGGAAUGUACGUGAUUCUGGCUCUGGCAUUCUAUGUAUACCCGGAUCAGGCCACCGACGACGCCCUAUUUCACAUUUAG